GAGACUCAUGGUUGAUUGGAUCUAUCAUUGGUUCCAACUCUCUUGGUGCCUCAGGCAGCUUAGAAAUGGUUGGGACAGAUUCAACAAUAGGGACAGAUUCUGCAAAAAUGGUUGGGACAGAUUCAGCAAUAAGGACAACGAAGUCCAGAAAAUCCCAAGGCUGAGCUUCACUCAAAUUCUUCCCCUGAAGAGAGGGCUUUUGGAAGCACACUUACAAUCUGUAAAUUUAUCAGCAAGUUCAUUAUUUGUUCCUGACCUUAAUUCGAUGAAAUACCUGAACUAUGGUGCUGCAGUAAGCGAGGUGGAGGUAAAUCUUUUGACAGGAGGAACUACGGUUUUGCAAACAGAUAUUAUCUAUGAUUGCGGACAGAGUCUUAACCCUGCUGUGGAUUUAGGACAGAUUGAAGGAGCUUUCGUCCAAGGGCUUGGGUUUUUCAUGCUUGAGGAAUACUUGACAGAUUCAAAUGGAUUAGUGGUUGCAGAAGGCACAUGGACAUAUAAGAUUCCUACACUUGACACAAUACCCAAAAAGUUCAACGUUGAAGUACUGAACAGUGGACGUCACCAAAAACGUGUUCUCUCUUCAAAAGCUUCAGGGGAGCCACCAUUACUUCUAGCAGCAUCUGUUCACUGUGCUACGAGAGCAGCUAUUAAAGAAGCCAGAAAGCAGCUUCUCUUUUGGAGCGGCCAAGAUGGGUCUACAACAAAUGCAACAAUAUUUGAUCUGGAGGUUCCCGCUACCAUGCCUGUUGUAAAGGGCCUCUGUGGGCUAGAAAGCGUGGAGAGGUACUUGGAAUGGAUAAUUGGCACAAAGUAGUAGUGAAGAAGGAUGUCAAAUGUCCUACGAGUUGUGUGGAUCUGUUUGCCUCUGCGUUGUAAGAUUGUUAACAUGCAUAUGUGAUAACAAUAAGUGAUAACACUCAUGCUGAAAGUAUGAGCUCCAUUUUAUUGUAUGAUAGGGGUGCGGAAUGUUUAUGUUUGUUUUGAUUGGGAGUGUACGAAGAGAGUAGUCCUCGGAGCAAUGUAAAUUCAGAGAAUAAAAUAAGCUCUAUGUAAUUUUCAGAUUACUUAUUUUGUGUUUGUUAUGCUUAUUGGAAGGAAAGCUUGUAAUAAAAAUCCUUGACUUUGUAGAAUUCUCAUAGGUAGAAAUGCAUUUAUAGAUUAUUGGGAUCAAUGCCCUAAUACUCCAA